ACUCGCGGGCUCUAUUCUUGAAUAGCCUACAUUUUAAACGCACAACUCUGUAGGCUACUCUCUGCAAAACGUGGAACACUUCGAAACAAAAGAGAACUUCGCAAUAAUAGUUAAAGAAGUGUGGUAAAGGCCUAUAUGACUGCAUGUAGACUUUUUGCCUCGUGAAGUUUACAGUCCCAAUGCAUCGAGUUACACUGAGCGCACUAUAAUUUUCCCCAUAUCUUUCUCGACUGACACGGAAGGUGGAAUCGAAUUGCAGUUGGAUUUUUUUGGGGGAGUGGGAGGAUUUAGGAAGCAAUGGAACACUGAGCGAGAAAAGUAACAAUUAGCAUACCGAACGUCGCAGAGAGAAAACUUUACUUUGAAAAAGGACAGCACAAAACGAUCCAAAUGGCUGAACAGCACUCCGACCUGGAAAAGGCCAUCAACACUUUGGUCACAAAGUUCCAUGCCGCUGCGGCCAAUAAAGGUCCCACGCUCCAAACCAAAGAGUUCAAAGACCUCCUCUCCUCCCAGCUGCCCAACUUAGUCAAGACUGGAGGCUCAGAGCAAGGCCUGGGCAUGAUGAUGAAACAGAUGGGUGUGUCGGACGGUGAGGGAAUCACCUUCAAGCACUUCUGGGGCUUGAUCCAGUCGCUGGCCACCACGCAGCAUGACCUCAUUAGUAAGAAAGUGUCCAAGAGCAGCUGUGUGCUCCUGUAAGGUCCAUGCCUUCUGACGGUGGUGUGAGCCAGGGGGAUCAGGACAGCCUCAUAGUAUCCCACCCAGUGUCCGUACCCCUUCUCACCGCACUGCUCCCAUCCAACCCUGGACACUCACAUAGUACUCACCCCUCCCACUACAGGCAUUUUAUUCCCCAUGCUAGGUAGUGCCAGCAGUGCUCAUCUCCUUGAUUUAACAUCAUCACAUUUGUUUUUGGGGUUGACAUGACGUGGAAACAAUGUUGAUUUUGCCCAUUGGGGUGGAACUCUGGGCUAUUCCUGUGGUACCUGACCUGUGGUAUCCAGACAUUGUGUGGUAUUUUGGAACAUUUUACUGCAUACAUUUGUUAUAGCUGGGGUACAAAUCCUGUGGUUUUGUAUGGUAAUUUUGUUUUGUUUUUAUGUGGUAAUUCAAUGUUUUUUGUUUGUGGUUAUUUGUUGUAACCACAUGGUAUGGUAAUUGUUGUUGUAAUGGUAAAUUGUGUGGUAGCUGUAUAACACAGGAAUUCAGGUUUAUGUGGUGAUCGUGAUCCUAGCUGUACCACAAGGUUUUUUUUAUGGGAUCUAUAUGGUCCUGUGGAACUUUUAGGUGAACAACUGGUCCUGUGGUAACUGAAACCUAUUGACAUACUAUUAGUAAAAAUGCAAUAAAAAGAAACAUGACAGAAAGGAAUGAAUUACAUUAACAAUAAAGGACUUAACUCCUAAAAUCA